AUGGCUUCAACAACAAACGCUUCAACUCGGCCCCCGGUGCUGGAUAACCCACGCGGGCGAGCCCUUGACGCCGCAGUCUCGGUCGUGCUGAUUCCCAUGACAGUAGCAGUUUUCGCCCGGCUUUGGGGACGAUAUCGAUACAGAACGGUCUCAAGCUCGACAGAUGCCUACUACAGAGAGUCCCGCUUCUGGAUUCUGCUCUCCGACAUCGCCGUCGUCAUCUCAUAUAGCAUUGCCGUUGCUUUGACCGCUGUCUGUUACGUUCUUGUGCACUGGGGCGAAGGCAUCCACACCGCAGAAUUGAGCAUCACCCAGAGACAUAUGGUUCUGAUGAUGUUCUAUGUCUAUCAGGUACUGUAUAAAUUCGUCUCCGGUAUAGCAAAGAUCGCAACCUUAUUCCUACUCCUGGCAAUCUCGACCAGUACGAUGCGUGGAUUCAACUUGUGCGGCACCGCGUUUGAAAGUAACUGGAAUAAGACUCUACCUCAAGGCCAAUGCUUCAAGCUGCCGCCGUUCUGGUAUUCCCAUGCGGCAAUCAACACAUCAGCUACUAUGGUGAUGGUUGUCUUGCCGUGGUGGCUGUUUUCUUCGAUUCAAUAUAGACACAAGUACCUUAUUGCAGUCAUUAUGGGUCUUCUAGCUGUUGGGGAGACUGUUCUCGGUGCCGUCCGGAUUUACGGCCUUUGUCGCUCGUCCCACUCUACCAAUGAUCUGACAUAUGGCACCGUAACCGGUAUCCUUGUGUCCCAGAUCGAAGUCGAUUUCGCCUGUAUUGCCGCAUGUGUCCCAACAGUACUGAAGACUAUCGAAGAGGUCAUUGCUAUAUUCUUUGUUCACGUUCUGGGUCGCUUAUAUCAUAGAAGUCGAGGCGAAAGCACCCGCGGCGAAAAUACCAGUGGUAGCGAACCAAUUGACCUGUCGGACUUAGGUAGCAAGGACCGCAAACCUCGUUCUCAUUGGUUAUAUACUGAUCUCGAUAAAGAUGAGCUGGAUGGUAUCAUGAACUCGCAGGAACGUAUCAUCCAGAGGGGAAUUGACUCUCCUACUGCUAUCAAGGUCCAGACUGAUGUUAAUGUGACCGUGAGCAACAUCAACGGGAGAAUCCAUGAGACACGUCAAUAG